AUGGCGGGACGGGCCGCGAUGCGAACCCCUGAACCGCCUGACCGCGACGAUCGCGAAGAUUCGCCACCGCGACUGGCGAGACCGAAACGCACCACUCGACCACCGAACAACUACGCUCGUGAGCAGGAAAUUGAUACCGAACGGCGGAAGACGCGUUCCCAGCAAAAUGAGAGGAGUGAGCUAGGAGACCGGCGUGACGAGGCAACUUCGGACGACGCCGUGACCGAGCGCGAAGAGCUCGACGUCGGCGGUUUGGUGAGAGAGAUCACCAAACUCAGGCGAGAAAUCAGACUCCGUGACGAAAUACACAAGGAAGAACUUCAGAGAACCAGAGAACAGUUCGGUGCCGCCCUCGCGGAGGUCCGACACGAGCUACAGUCCCUGACGGAUAGAACCACGACACCGCAAUGCCACUCUGAGACGUGUUCUCAGAACAACCACGAUGCGAUCCUGCGCGAAAUCCAGUCCUUACGCGAGGAAAUCAGUGUCCCCGCUGCUGCAGGCUCUCCUUCCUACGCAGAUAUCGCGCGCACUCCGCCGUCCAGUUACCCAAGCCACAUACGGACCCUUUCAACGCUGAACACGACGCCCACCACCUUUACGGACACGCUGUAUUGCACGAUAGACACUUCGAAGAUGGUAGACAAAGGGACAGGAUUGACCUCCGCAGGCUCGGUCAGGGCAAUGGUUGAGGCAGAGAUGCGGUCAACAGAGGACCAGGCGCACUGGCGCUGUCGCGCUGUUACCGUUGACCCGAAAAACGCCAACCGGAUCAGGAUCGCCUGCCGCGAUGAGGAUGAACAGCAGCUGGUCAAAAAGGUUGCAGAACAGAAAAUCGGGGCGGGAGCCCGGGUCCUCCGUGACGAGCUCUACCCUAUCAAAGUCGACAGUGUCAACAAGGCCUCCGUGCUGGACGAGAAUGGUGAGAUCCGAACAGAAGCUACAGCAGCGUUUAGUGAGGAGAAUGAGACCAACGUAGCCAAGAUUUCAUGGCUGAGCAGAAAAGAGAGCGAGAAGACCUACGGUUCAAUGGUGGUCUACCUGACCAAACGCAUCGACGCGCGAAGGCUCUUGGCCGACGGAUUUUUCCACGCGGGGGGAGAAUCUGGUGUGACUAGUGUCUUCGAACACCGACCGCGACCGACACAAUGUUACAAGUGCCAAGAGAUAGGCCAUAAGGCAUUCCAGUGCAAGAACGCCCAGAAAUGCGCGAAAUGCGCUACAGAGGGCCAUCGCCACAGCGACUGCAUCCAAACGGUCCCAAACUUUAUCCAUCACGUCAUGAGUAAUUCUCUUCGAAUAAUUCAGCUGAAUGUGAGGAAGCAGGGUGCAGUGCACGAGAGUAUAUUAAACGACGAAGAUACUGAGAACGCAGUGGCGCUAGCGAUUCAGGAACCCCAAGCGAGGAGGAUUCAAGGCCGGCUCUUGACCGCCCCAAUGGGGCAUCACAAGUGGACAAAGAUGGUGCCCUCCACCUGGAGGGAAGGGAGAUGGGCGAUCCGGAGCAUGCUCUGGGUCAACAAAGAAGUCGAAGCAGAGCAAGUCCCUAUGGAUUCUCCAGACAUCACAGCAGCGGUGAUUAGGCUCCCCGAGCGAGUGGUCUUCACGGCAUCAGUCUACGUAGAAGGGGGCAAUGUCUCCGCUUUGGACGAUGCGUGCAGUCGUUUACGCGGUGCGAUCACGAAGGUACGACGGGACACCGGUGCGGUGGUCGAUAUUUUGAUCAUGGGGGACUUCAACCGACACGAUCAACUUUGGGGUGGAGAUGAGGUGUCGCUGGGAAGACAAGGGGAAGCGGAUCCGAUCAUCGACCUCAUGAAUGAGUUCGCGCUCAGUAGCUUGCUCAAACGCGGCACCAAGACAUGGCAUGGCGGCGGACAAAGUGGAGACUGCGAGUCUACCAUCGAUCUAGUCCUAGCUUCAGAGAAUUUGACGGAAUCCAUGACGAAAUGUGCUUUACUCGAGACAGACCACGGCUCUGAUCACUGCGCCAUUGAGUCCGUGUUCGACACCCAGUGGUCGGGCCCAAAGCACCAAGAGCGACUUUUACUGAAGAAUGCACCAUGGAAGGAGAUUAACGCCAGGAUUCAAAUGGCUCUAGCCACCCUUCCGUCGGAGUGCACUGUACAGCAGAAAACGGAUCGGCUGAUGGCGGCAGUUUCGGAAGCGGUGCACGCUUUAACACCGAGGGCGAAAGCAUCACCCCAUGCGAAGCGAUGGUGGACAACUGACCUCACUCAACUCCGUCACAUAUACACGUACUGGAGAAACCGCGCUCGCUCCGAGCGACGGGUAGGUCUAGACCUCCGCAGGAGUCGCGACUCUCCAGAUGUGCGCCUUUGA